AUGGGUGACUCUGUUGCUGUGAAUGUGUUGGGAACGAUAGGAACAAUCCUAUGGUGUAUCCAGUUGACUCCUCAGAUCUGGAGAAACUAUCGGAGUAAAGACUGCACGGGUCUUCCGGCGCUUAUGAUGUUUUGCUGGGCCGUCAGUGGCGUUCCAUUUUCGAUUUACUUCAUCGGAAGUGAUUCGUCGAUCCCAUUGCGGGUGCAACCCCAGCUUUUCACGUUCUUUUGCACCGUAUCAUGGGGCCAAACCUUAUACUACCCACCUGUGAGGUUACCGAUUAGAAGACUAGUUAUUUAUGUUGCUGCAUUCUGCGUGGUAAGCAUCGGACUAGAAGUGGGGCUAAUCUUGUGGUUGCGUCCUCUUUACCGGAGGGGUAUCGAAUGGCCCAUGUUAGUGAUUGGAAUCGUUGCCUCUGUGCUACUUGCAGUGGGCUUGAUUCCUCCAUACUUUGAGUUAGCCAAGCGGAAGGGUCGCGUCGUUGGAUUCAACUUUUUCUUUUUGGCCAUGGAUUCGGGUGGUGCCCUUUUCUCCAUCUUGAGUGUGGUGGUCGGGAACAUGGAUAUUAUGAGUCUCGUCCUUUACGCAAUAGUAUUGGCAAUGGAAUUAGGUAUUUUUGCCUCGCAGAUCGUCUGGUACUUGACCGGGGGCAGACAGAUAAUCAAGGAGGAAAAGAUGGAGAAGACGGUACUGUCUGAGGAAUCAGAACUCAAAGAUGAGUCGGAAGUACAGGUGAUUUCCACUCAUCACUCUAGACUUGUACUGGAUGAAUGA